AUGGUGUUUCGAUUCUUAGUAGCUCUUGUGCUCAUUGACGUGUCCUUUGGGCAGAAUGACUAUCCCAACUAUCCGGAAGAGACAGCAACAAACGCCCCGGUCGCUGAUCCCAAUCCCGAUUAUGAUGCGAACCCCCAACCCAACCCGGCACCGCACUAUCCAGACUAUAGCCAGGUAGAAACGGUGGCAACUACUACUGCAGCUGCAACCACCACACAAGCACCGAGAACGAGACGAACGAAACGACCACAGGUGUUCCCGCCGACGCCGACCACAUCGCAAUCGAGACGAAUAGUGCGUUGGUUAGUGCUGGACGAUCAAGGAUACCCUAUUCGUACCGCCGUCCGACGCCGCUAUCGAACAGGAUCACUAACCAACUGGGUGCCACCGUACUAUCGCAGCCUACUAUCUGGAGCACGCUCGACAAGCCCGAAUGCGGCCCGGGGACGUUCGAAACGUAUCGAAUACACCUGGUUUUACACCUAA